AUGGACGCGUAUGUUGAGGGGCUUACUCCUGGCGAGGCACAAGAUAUUAAAGAUGCCUUCCACCUGUUUGAUAAGAAUGGAGACAAGAAGAUAAGCAAAGACGAGUUGGGACCAGUCCUACGUGCUCUCGGUCAAAAUCCCACAAAGAAAAACAUAGACUUGUAUAUGGAGCAAGCAGACAUAGACGCUUCCGGCUAUCUCUGCUACGAUGAGUUCGUCAAGUUGGUGGAGAAAGACAUCAUUUCGCCUCAGGAGGUGGAGGUGCAGCUCAAACAGGCGUUCCUGGUGUUUGACAAGGAUAAAAAUGAACUGCUGGAUAAAAAAGAGCUCUUCAAUGUCCUCACGAGGAUGGGUGAGGUGUUGACAGUGUCGGAAGCAGAACAGAUACUACAACUGGCAGACCGAAACGGGGACGGCAAACUAGAUGUUAGAGAAUUCACGCAGUUUCUGUGCGAGCGGAUCUAA